CCCUCCUUCCACCCUAACACCUCAAACAUGGACACUACGCGCUGCUGUCUGCUGCCGGCUGCACUUCUCAUCCUCAUGUGCCAACAAGCUGGAGGAUACGCAUACAGGAAUCAACGCAAGUUCUCAGAAGACAUCGACUGGUCGUACGCGGGAACCCUGAAUCAGAACAACUGGGCCAAGAAGUUUCCGUCCUGCAGCAACGCCAAGCAGUCCCCCAUCAACAUCGAGGAGGACCUGGCUCAGGUGAAGCUGCAGUACCAGAAGCUGACGUUCGAGGGCUGGGAGAGUCCGACGAGCAGCAGGACGACCAUCAAGAACGACGGCAAGACCGUGGCGGUCGACGUGGACGGAGAGUUCUACGUGAGCGGAGGCGGCCUGAGGUCAAAGUUCAAGGUGGGACGUAUCACCUUCCACUGGGGGCGCUGCAACGCCUCCUCAGAGGGCUCCGAACACAGUCUGGAUGGAGUCAAAUACCCUCUGGAGAUGCAGAUCUACUGUUAUGAGGAGCAUCGCUUCGCCUCCUUAGAGGAGGCCAUGAAGGCCGGAGGGAGGGUCACCGCGCUGGCCGUGCUGCUCGAGACGAGCGCGGACGACAACGUGAACUUCGCCGCCAUCAUCGACGGUGUGAACAGCGUGAGCAGAUACGGAAAGAGCGGCGCGGUGCCGCCCUUCGCCCCGCGAGGCCUCCUGCCCAACGCCACGGACAAAUACUUCAUCUACAACGGCUCGCUGACCUCGCCGCCCUGCAGCGAGACCGUGGAGUGGAUCGUCUUCAAGAGCGUGGCGGCCGUCUCCGACGGACAGCUGGAGAUGUUCUGCGAGGUGAUGACGAUGCAGCAGGCCGGCUACGUGAUGCUGAUGGACUACCUGCAGAACAACUACAGGGAGCAGCAGCAGUUCAUGGGCCAGGUGUUCUCCUCUUACACCGGCACCGAGGAGGUGCUCACGCCAGUGUGCAGCUCGGAACCGGAGAACCUCCAGGCGGUUCCCCACAACCUCAGCAGCCUGCUGGUGACGUGGGAGCGGCCUCGGGCGGUGUACGACGGCAGCAUCGAGAAAUACUCCGUCACCUACCGGCUGGCCCACGCGGAGAGCUCCGCCCCCUCUACGUACCUGACGGACGGGGACCAGGAUGUGGGGGCGAUGCUCGACGACCUGCUGGCCAACACCAGCUACGCGGUCCAGGUGGUGGCGGUCUGCACCAACGGUCUGUACGGGCGUCUGAGCGACCUGCUGGCGGUCGCCAUGCCGAUCCACGACCCCGAAAAUGAUCCGGAUUCAGAGGAAUUUGACGACGAGGACAACUAUGAACCCGACCCGUCCUGGAACAAACCGGUCCAGACCGAGGACUACGAUUUGACCUGGACCCCCACAAACUCACCGAGGACCACGACCUCCGGACCUCCGCGUGGCGUCACGACCACGACGGCGGAACCCGGUCGGAGGGAAACCUCCACCGAUCCGGUUCCCCCUGUCGGAUCCACCCGGUACGGUCCAGUCCCGGGCGGCUCUGAAGAGACGGGUCCCCGCAGUACCUCCACACGGCCACCAGGCGUCCCCCUUGCAACAAGAAACACGGGAGGGUUCAGUGGCAACGCUCCUUUUUACUCCACGACCAGAAGAGCCAGCUCCACGACUCCUUUGCACCCCAACGCGGAGACGGAAGCCGGAGGUUUGAUUCCAAAAACGAAAGCUGUGGCUCCUCCCACUUCUCCCACUAAAAGUAUUUCUUCCAGCGGCGCGAGCGGCACGACGUCGACGUCCUUCGUCCGGGCCGAGACCGACCGAGGUCUGGCCCGUCCCGUGGACGAAGACGCCGCCGCCGUGUCCCCGGGACCCGGAGGUCUUCCAGAGAUCCAGACUCCUUCCACCUCCCGGCCUUCCUCCUCGGGUGAAGCUGCUCCACGGAGGCCUACAAGUCCCGGCGCGCCUCACUCUCCGUCCACCACGACCUCCGUCCAGUUGAGUGGCGUUCUCUUGCUGACCACGCAGGCGAUGUCCAACGGUGAGCGCCCCCCUGUCCUCCCCUCCACCUCCUCCCCUCCGUGUGACACGGCGGACCCCUCCACCUGCUUGCAUGACCCUUCCUCCUCGUCUUGGCCCGCGUUGUCCUCCUCUUCCCCGGACUCCCAGCAUGCCGCUACCGCUAGCAGAGACCCGGCUUCUCCCUCGACCCCCACGCCCCCUGGCUCCUCCCCCACACCCCCUGACUCCUCCCCCCCUCCCCCUCCUCACCCCCCCCACCCCCUGUCUGAUUGGGGCACUGUCGCCCCCGGUGUCGGGUUCGACGAUAGCGACGGUGAUUUCUUGUCCGGGUCUUCGUCUUCGUCGGCCUCCUCAGGCGACCACUCGGUGUUUAGCGAGACCCCGCCUCUCAGCGCGGUGCCGGAUCCGCCCGAACCCGCCUGGCACCCAUCGCUCUCGGCGGUCUCCCCGUCUCUCGGCCCGACCCUCCAGCCUUCGCUUCUCCUCCCUGGCGACUUCUUCACCCUCGCCGUCUCCGGCGCGACUCCGGGCUCGUCCCGUUCUCUCUCCGUCGGGUCGGAGGACGCCGCCGGGUACGCCACGGCGGAGUCUUUCCUCCCCGAGGUCAGCGGUGACGGGUUUCCCUUCGCCAGCGACGUGGACCCCGUGUGCGGCUGUUCCCUGGAGCCCACGGCGUCCUCUUCCUGGCCGCACGCCUCUCCUCACGCCCCCCUGCCGUCCUCGGCCUGGGACUCUGCCGGCGUGGAGCUUUUCUCUAGCGCGGGCUUCUCUGGUGUCGGUGUAGACGAUCCCCCGCGCUCUCUCUCUGUGGCGGGUCCGCCUCUUCAAUCCCACGGGAUCGCUCCCACGGCGUCCCUCCUCCCGCUCGCCCGCAGUGACCCGCCCGUUUCUGUUGCAGCCACGGCGUCUGGCGGCGGCGGGGAUCCCGGGAUCUCCGCAUCGGGUGGGAGCUCCACCCUCCAAACCUCCGCCCUCCCUUCCCCACCCUUCACCCCCACCCCAGAAGGACGGGCGUUGGACACUAGCGGCGGCGCCUCGGGCUCGGCCCUGUCCCCCGACCCCCCGGAGGGCGUGGAUCAGGAGUGGGACGGGGUUCAAGCCUCGGCCUCCGGAGAGAGCGCGUUCCCCCAUUGGACCAAGGUCACGAGCGCCGCCCCCUCCGAGUCCGGCGCGUCCCCCGACGAUUUGGACGGACGCUCCUCGGCGUUCUAUUUCGAUAGCGGCAGCGGCAGCGCCGUCGCCUCGGAGGCGGGAGGCGCGGUGGCGACGCCGACCGCUCCUGCGGCGGCGACGCCGGCUCCGCCCUGGUUUCCGGGCAGGGGGGGGGAGGAGGAGGAGGAGGAGGAGAGCGGCUCGGGGCUACAUGGCGAGAGCCCGUACGACAUCGAGACGUCCUCCGACUUCAGUAUCUCCGAGCGCACGGAAAGGGAGUCGAAGGAGGAGGAGCCUGUCGCAGACGCCAGCAACAGCAGCCACGAGUCCAGAGUGGGUUCCUUCCGGGAGAGGAAGGCCGUGGUCCCCCUGGCCGUCAUCUCCACCCUCACCGGCCUCGGCCUGCUGGUCCUCAUCGGCAUCCUGGUCUACUGGAGGACCUGUUUUCAGACGGCUCACUUCUACAUCGACGACAACUCAUCACCCCGAGUCAUCGCUGUACCGCCUUCUGCAUUGACAUCUGACGAACAAACGUCUUUCCCAGUGAAGCAGUUUGUGAAACACGUGGCCGAGCUCCACAACACCAGUGGAUUCCAACGAGAGUUUGAGAUACUGAAGGAGAGUUACGAGGAGGUUCAGACGUGCACGGUGGACAUGACGACCGACGGCUCCAACCAUCCCGACAACAAAAGUAAAAACCGAUACAGCAACAUCCUGGCCUACGACCACAGUCGAGUGCGACUCUCGUCGGACAAAGACGGGAAGACGGGAGAUUACAUCAACGCCAACUACGUGGACGGUUUCAAGAAGCCGCGGUCGUACAUCGCCGCUCAGGGUCCUCUGAAGUCGAGCACCGAGGACUUCUGGAAGAUGAUUUGGGAGCAAAACGUCUGCGUCAUCGUUAUGAUCACCAACCUGGUGGAGAAGGGAAGAAGGAAGUGCGAUCAGUACUGGCCGGCGGAGGUGCAGGAGGAGUACGGCGGCUUCCUGGUGACGCUGAAGAGCAGCAGGGUGCUCGCCUACUACACCCAGAGGACCUUCUCCGUGAGGAACGCCCACGCCAAGAAGGGCUCCCAGAAGGGGCGGAGCAACGAGCGGACGGUGACUCAGUACCAUUACACCCAGUGGCCCGACAUGGGCGUCCCGGAGUUCGCGCUGCCGCUGCUCAGCUUCGUCCGCAAGUCGUCCGGAGCCAGGCCGGACGACCGGGGGCCCGUGGUGGUGCACUGCAGCGCCGGCGUUGGCCGGACGGGCACGUACGUGGUGCUGGACAGCAUGCUGACGCAGAUGAGGGACGAAAGCAACGUCAACAUCACGGGCUUCCUGAAACACAUCCGCACGCAGAGGAACUACCUGGUUCAGACAGAGGAACAGUAUGUUUUUAUCCACGACGCCUUGGUGGAGGCCAUCUUGUCCGGAGACACGGAGGUGGCGGCGGCCCGGCUGCACCGGUACGUGGACGAGCUGCUGACCCCGGGGGCUGCUGGGAGGACGCGCCUGGACAAGCAGUUCACGCUGGUUUGUCACUCCGGGGCGAAGCGGUGCGACUUCUCUGCAGCUCUGCAGGACGGCAACCGCGGCAAGAACAGGAAGUGCUCCGCGGUGCCCGACGAGAGGUCACGUGUGCGCUUGUCUACGGCGGCGGGGGAAACGUCCGACUACAUUAACGCAUCAUACGUCACCGGUUACAGGCAGAGAAGCGAGUUCAUCAUUACCCAGAAUCCUUUGCCCGGCACCUUUAAGGACUUCUGGAGGAUGCUUUGGGACCACAACGCCCAGGUCGUCGUGUCGCUGAUGGGGACGCCGUCGGUCGAGAUGCCCGAGGAGGAGGAGGAGGAGGCGGAGGAGGAGGCGGAGCUACGUGUCGUCUGGCCACGUAAAGGGCAGCCAAUCAGCUACGAGACGUUCACCGUCACUCAGAGGAGCGAGAACCACAUCUGUCUGACGAACGAGGACAUGCUGGUGGUCCAGGACUACGCACUGGAAGCUACACAGGACGACUUUGUUCUGGAGGUGAAGCGCUACCGGGCCCCUCGCUGGCCCAAUCCGGACAGUCCCAUCAGCAACACCUUCGAGCUGCUCAACCUGGUGAAGGGGAGCGCCGCCAAGGACGGCCCCGUCGUGGUCCACGAUGACGUGGGAGGAGCCACGGCAGCCACGUUCUGCGCUCUGUCGUCUCUAACUCGCCAGCUGGAGGCCGAAGGUUCGGUCGACGUCUUCCAAGUGGCCAAGCUGACGAACCUCAUGAGACCGGGAGCCUUCAGCGACAUUGAGCAGUACCAGUUCCUGUACAAAGCCAUGCUGAGUCUCAUCGGGACGCAGGAAGAUGAGAAAACCCUCCAGUCCUCAGACAACAACGGUACCAUUGUGGUGGGAACCGCCAGCACUGCUGCAGAGAGCCUGGAAUCCCUGGUGUAACCUCCCCCCCCCCCCGAAAACACCACAACAAACUUGUUUAACUUUUACAAAUGAGCAACAGCAUUUCGUCCCUCCAGUCACCAACAGAGCUUCUCCCGAUGCCCGACUCGUGCUUCCACUACUAAGUAAUACUCGUCAGCGUUCAGGAGGACUCGGUACCGACCGGGUUUCUUCUCCGAUGGAUCUGGACUGCCUGCGGUUUUUGUAAUGUGUGCCUUUUUGUAUUUUUCAUUCUGUACUUCUAACUUUGAUACAAGCUGUAGACUAACUGUCCACUGUUUUUAACGCUGUACUGGCCCGAGACGUUUCACUUAACCAACUUUUCCUAAACCUUUUGUAUUUAUUGGCACUGAGCCAAAUGGGGCAGGGGGGGAAAAAAAAGAAGGGAAAAAGCAUCUUUUUACAUCAAAUGAGAUAUUUGGUUAGCUUGUCUUUUAUAGCGCUCCUGCACUGAACUCCUUUCUGUAAAUACCAUCCCAACGGUAACAGCAGUCGAAUAUGAAAUAAGGGCCUGGAAUAAUACAAAAUAAUAAUCUAAUGUAAAUAAUAUUAUAGUAAUCAACUUGAUGGACCAAAUUUCUAUUUAUACUUUUAGAUUUUUAUAUUUUACCAUUUUUAGUGCAUUCGAAUGUUAUGGUUUAAUUCUAAUUGCUUAGUUGGAGAACAUUAAUGCUUUUAUAUUCUGGAUUUUGUAACAGACUAAAUGUGAUGCAUGGGGUACUGACAUGUUUGUUUUUUAGCUGGACAUGAAACACUGCUGGAUUAUUAGCUAGAGGAUUAAAUAAG